GCUGUUGAUCAUUUUCCCAAGCUUUAGGUCGUCCGAAGUGUUUACAGUGAUAAGGCAAUAAAAACCGAUCUGGGAGUGGAAUCAUUAUCUGUCAGUUCUGGUCUGGGAUUAAAAUAACGUUGCAUUGAGACCCACCAUCAAAAAAGGCAGAGUACCACAGGGGGAGUGAGACAGAGUGAGAUCAGUUGCUGUGAAGAAAAGGAAAAGAGGAUCGAGGAGAAACUAAGAAGAAUCAGGAGACUCAAAAGACAGAGCUAUGGACUGGAAGACACUCCAGGCCCUGCUCAGUGGGGUGAACAAGUACUCAACGGCAUUCGGCCGCAUUUGGCUUUCGGUGGUUUUCCUUUUUCGUGUCCUGGUGUACGUGGUGGCAGCAGAGCGAGUAUGGGGCGACGAGCAGAAGGACUUUGAUUGUAACAUCAAGCAGCCAGGCUGCCCCAAUGUAUGUUACGACCACUUCUUUCCCAUCUCGCACAUUCGCCUGUGGGCACUGCAGCUCAUUUUCGUCACUUGCCCUUCACUCCUCGUGGUCAUGCAUGUCAAGUAUCGGGAUGAACGGGAACGCAAGUACCGUGCCAAACAUGGCCCUGAUGCCAAGCUCUAUGAUGAUACAGGCAAGAAGCACGGUGGGCUAUGGUGGACCUACCUAAUCAGCCUCUUGGUCAAAACAGGUAUUGAAGUGGCUUUCCUCUACAUCCUUCAUCACAUCUAUCACAGCUUUCAUCUGCCACGAGUCGUCAAGUGCGCAAUAUCCCCGUGUCCCAAUGUAGUGGACUGUUAUAUUGGCCGGCCCACUGAAAAGAAGACAUUCACCUACUUCAUGGUGGGCGCCUCAGCACUCUGCAUUGUUCUCAACAUCUGUGAGAUCUUUUACCUUCUGGCCAAGCGCAUCUCAAGCUGUUGCAAGCGGAUAAGGCGUCGUCCGAAGCAAGCUGUGCCUCUUUACAGGGCUCCAUGUCGGGACCAGGAUAGCAACUGCACACUGCCCAUGCAGGACCUGGACCAGAAACCACUGUACAAGCAGAAGACCAAGCUGGAUGCCCCUAUGGAUUACAAGACGAGUGUUUUUCUGAGGGCUUCAGCUCCGAACUUAAGCUUAGCCUAACUGGGAGAUCUACAGAGAGAUCUCUCAAGCAAUAUUUUUGAUGCACUUUGAGUACAAGAAGAGGAUAACACUGUUCUGAGCUAUCGUUUGUGGUCCAAAAACAUUUGAUUUCCUCAAACCCUCUCAUGCUCUAGGAUGGAAAUUCACUUGGUAUUAAUAUCCAAUAGAGGGAAAUCCAGGACUUGACUGAGAACCAUUUUUAAGUCUCAAACUUCAUUUCCUUGCGUUCAAUCAUUUACUGUGUAUAAGCAGAACCUGGUUGAUAAAAUAAUCUCUGGAAGUACAUUAGAAGCGGCACUACAACUCAGGACAAGUCUUAGUAGUUUAACUGUUUAUACGUGUUUGGAUUUAGUUUUAAAAUUCUGAUAAAAAGGGAUGUUGAACAUCAACAACUAAGGGAUCACUUAUUAGCCAGAUUAAAAAAAGUUUAGCAAUAGCAAAGCAAACAUUGAGGGAUCAGUAAAUUGGGCCAAAGCUUCUCCAAUUACAGUGUUUUUGUUUCUUUUGUCUGUUUUUUGAAUUACUGUAAUACAAGCACUUCUUUGUGCUUGUAAGAAUCUCCAGUGCAAAUAUGAACACCUGUAAGCUGUCUUUGUUGUUGUCCUUUUUACAUUAUCCUCUCUUUUUAUUGGAUAUUGACAUACACGUCAAAUAUUUGUUCCAACUUUCUGUAUUUUUCUGUUUUUACGUUUUUUGGAUUUUGAUAUGAUCUAUUCUAAAAAAAACUUUGCUACUUAGUAUACAAUAUGAGACAAGCUUAUUAGUCAAAAUUUCCAAGCCAUUGCAGAGAGGUGGAUCUGCUUUAUUCCAUAGUAAACAUCUUUACACACAAGUGUAAAAGUAGCGUGUAAUUCUGAGAAAAGGUUUUUUCUAUAGCUCAGUAAAAAGUGAAUUUCUUCUUCUUCUUAAAACAAAACACUUGCUUUGUACUAUUUUAUACUGUUAAAUUCUGUUGAAUAUGAUAUUAUUGUUUUACAAGGUAUUAUAUGGAAUAUUCUCUUACUAUUCUUAAAUUAAUUUAAUUCAAUUAAAAUUUGUAUUGUGCUUAUAACAGUGGUCUCAAUUGCAAAGCAGUCUAACAGAAUUAAGAAACAUUUGUUGUUGGGGAGACUGAAAAUAGCACAGAACGUUCCAGAGAUAAAUAGUAAGCGACGCUGACAUUAUAAUAAUAGUAGUAUUAUUAAUAAUUCUUAGAGCACUUACUAUACAGAAAUUUAGCUCCAAAUACGUUAUAUGAAAAAACAUAACACAGGAAGAACAAUAAAAAAUCAGAGCUGUUUACUAAAAGUGGUACAGUAACUGGCGUAAGGGUGUGUCUCUUGCUCUCUUUUAGAACAAGAGUCUUAUAAAGUAAAUACAGCUUUAUAUCAUUAUUCAUAUCUUAUAACAAGAAAAAAAAGAGGUCCAUUGCAGAAGUUAUGUGAAUGUGCACUUGGUGCUUAAACAUUCAAAAGAACAAACAGAUUCAUUCUUUUUUCCAGUACCCAGUUUAUUCAAGUGAACUGUUUGCUUUUCAUUGAGACUUGACUAAGACUUCUGUGAGUCAGUGGCAUGUUGAGUCAAGCUGAGCGACGUGGAAUGUGAGAGUUUACAUGCAAGCAAAUCACCGCAAACUGAAAAACUGCUUCUGCCUCAGACCUGUAAUUAUGGAACAAUAUGCUGCUUUAUGUUUCUAUCAGUGGCCACAUCAAACAACAGACCUGUUUUAAACAUUUAUGUCUAUUUUUAUACAUAUAAAUAAAGGAUGUUAUAUAAAGAAA